ACUGAUUCAAGCGAGCUGCCAAAAUUUAUCUAAAAAUGAUAAUCUUGCAUAUUUUUAAGCUGACAAGUGCUUCAAAAAAUGCUCAGGUCGAAAACAAUCACCGAUUGAUAAACUUAUUCCAAGUUGUUGGCAGCUUCAUUUCAUUCCGUAACUACCGCAACUGCCAUGUGAGCGUGUGACGCUCUAACCUCUACUUGUUUUCAAGGCUACAUUCGGUUAUGUUCGAUUAUAAAAUUUUCACGUGCUCCGAGUCACGCUAAGGUGCUCUGGGGCAAACUUUUGACCAAUCGUGAUCGCUGUAUAUCAAUAGUCUAGCACAAGUCACCACAAGCCCAAAGAGGAUCGUACAUAUGCAAGUGUAGCAGCGUGACGGAUUUAUUAGUAAUUGUUCCAGUAUCCGUCGCAAAAAUAAUCAACACUAUUCUGAAAGCAACUGUGCUGAGGAAAUAUAGACAUUAUGAAUACGCCAUACACAUGCAUUACCUGUCGUGUGGCAUUCAGGGAUCUUGAUAUUCAAAGGCAGCAUUAUAAGUCCGAUUGGCACAGGUAUAACUUGAAACGAAAAGUUGCAGAAUUGCCGCCAGUAACAUCAGAUGAGUUUCAGAGGAGGGUGAUUGCACAGCGAGGAAAAGAGGAACAAUCUUACAACUGCAAAGCCUGCAGAAAAAGUUUUAACACAAAAAAUCAGUAUGAGAAUCAUUUGACAUCAAAAAAACACAAAGAAAAAGCAUUGUCUUUUCAUGAUGAGGACAUUCUUGAAACCACAACAUUAGAAACAUCAAAAAAUGCCGAAAAUUUGUCGAAAAAGAAUAACAGUCGACUACAUUCUCGUUUUAAAAAUCCUCCUGAAACCCUCGAAGACAUGGAAAUUGAUUCAGAAAUUGAGUCCAUAGAUUCGGAUGAAUGGAUUGAAGACACUGAAAAUCCGGUUGAAAAUAAUGACUGUAUUUUCUGCAGCCACCACAGCAGGUCCUUUGUCCGUAAUCUUAAACACAUGACUGAGGCUCAUUCUUUCUUCUUACCUGAUCCCGAAUACUGCACGAACCCCAGAGGGUUGUUGAUAUAUCUUGGUGAGAAAGUUUAUGCAGGUUAUAUGUGCCUUUGGUGCAACAACUCUGGUAAAGCAUUCCAAAGUGCAGACGCAGCUAGAACUCACAUGCUUGACAAAGGACACUGCAAGAUGCUCCACGAAGGCGAAGCUCUGAUAGAGUACGCAGACUUCUAUGACUACUCUUCUAGUUAUCCUGAUGAAGGGUACGAUAAUCCAGAUGAAGAGGUCGAAAUUUCAGAGAUUGAUGAUACCGAUUAUCAAUUGGUCCUCCCAUCUGGAGCCACGAUUGGACAUAGAUCUCUAAUGCGGUAUUAUAAGCAGAGUUUGGAUCCAAAUAGAGCACUAGCUCUGCCAAAAAGAGAUAAAUUACGAGCAGUUUUAACACAGUACAGAGCUCUGGGGUGGACUGAUACGCAGAAGGAAGCUGUGAUCAAAAAAGCUAGGGAUAUAAAAUACAUGCAAAAAGUUCAAGCUAGAUACUCGACACAGCUACAAUUUAAAGCGAAUAAAUUACAGAAACAUUUCCGGCAACAAGUCAAUUUUUAGGUGUUAAUUAUUAUGUUCCUGAUUACAGGAAUUAUAUAUCAAUAACAGUCUUAACGGGAAUUGUUAUCAAAAAUGGUAACUUUUUCUUCACCUCACUUUCGAGAAAAAAAUUGACACCCCUUCUUAUUCAAACAACUUGAAUUUUCUUCCGAACGUUUUCGUUUCUCCGCGCAAACUGUCAAUGAUCAUCUUAGUAUCUUUCAUUUAAAAUUAACCAUAUUAAAAGAUGUUGAAAUACUUGUUAUAAAGUUUAAUUUAGACGUUAGCGAAAACAUUUGUAAAUUAAGGACGAACGUUGCGAUUCUAAAUAUAUUUCAUUACAUUGAGUGUUUGUUUAGAACAACAUUCAUAUUCUAUUUACCGAAGUUGAAUUAUUGUGUUGAACUGUAGAACAUUUCAAAGUUCCUGUGAAAUCAUUGUAACAUGCAUUCUUGGAUGCACAUGGAGUUGAGGAAAUAAACGAAUGAUGUGACAUGGAUUAUAGUAAAA